AUGAAGUCGUCCUCCAUUUUUGUGGCGAUUGGCGGGCUGAUGAACAACGCGACAACGCAGCAGAAUCCCCUUUUGGACUCGGCGGACACAGAACGGUCAACGCUGGCACCAAAGGGGCAACCGACGCAGGAAGAGACGAUCCGGCCUGGCUCAAGUCCACCUCUGGCGACAGCGUCGAUUGGUGCCCGCGGCGCUAUAUGCGUCGAGGAGCUGGCAAUGGCAAAGCUGGUGUUGCUGAGUGUCGAUACCUGGUACGUCCUAUGCAUAAGGUAG